AUGACUCUUACUGACAGAUUUUACGAACCAGGCAUCAUCAAUACAAGUAUCAAUCCACCAGCUGACGAUGCUUUCGAAAUACCAGAGCACUCUCUGUAUGUGCAGAGAAACAAGAGUACGGGGAAUCUGCUUUCGAAGACGCAGGAGACUACAGAAAGGGGACGUGUGCGGUACUCCAUUGAUGCCGGGACGACACAAGAGCUGAAUAUGGCCAAGUUGGUAACCGAUCAUGCUCCACCCCGAGCAGUCCCGCUGAUCGCUUGUACAAAUAGAACACAGCUACUUGAGCAUGAUAAUACCUUAGGACUGUCAGGCUUACGUCGCAUACGUGGACAGCCGCUGACUAGAGCUCCAACAAUGCCUUCGUCUCCGGACUCGUCCUUCAUUGCCCCUCAGCUGCUUUCUGCCUCCGCCAUGCCUAAUUCAGCCACUUCAUCGAGAUCUGCCUCGCUGCAUAUCAUGCCCACACCGACAUCUCCUGGGGUUGAAGACCUUCAGCGUUUCCCUUCCGAGUCUCUUCACUCAUUCUCCUUCGCGCAUCAGUCAGAAGACUUCCUCCACACCCGUCAGAACGUUCUCAAAAAGUCAAUAGAAUUCAUGCGCGAUCGUCUAGGCUGGGCGGCGAGCAGUCCAGCGCUAGCAAGUGCUCAAGCUCGGGUGAGUGGAGAUGCAGAGCUUCAGAGCAUGAUGGAGCUCUUGAAAAAAGCAAAUUUACUUGGGGUAGACACAAGCAGAGCCGUCGAAGACAGAUCAGACUAUGGACCACUUACAGGACCACCAGAUUUGAAGGGGUUGAACAUCUUCGAAAAGAGCUUCAGCCAAAAACCGGGAAGAAUAUCAGAGGAAGCUGUGAUCGACAAUGAACCGGACGUAGAUGACGAUGCGAACGAUUUCGGCUUGGAUGAAGGAGGUCUUAAGCUUAUGGAUGCAGAGCCUCGGGCCCGACGAUCAAGCCUCAAGCGCACCUUCACAGACAUCUCUUCCCUUUCCCUUCAGGCAAAAUUGAUGGAGGCUUUAGCACAACCAUAUUCAGAAAACGGUCAGAAGUCAUCCUAUAGUUUGUUGUCACCAACCCCUCUGCCGGGAGCUCUCCCGGCGGCACAAGCUGCAGCAGGCCCUUCUGUGCACAGCCAUAGCAGCAAGUGGGCACCUGCAGCUCAGGCCGUGUUCAGGACCGAAGCAAAAUCUCCGUGGACCAUCCUGGCCGCGAACGAUCUUGCCUGCCUCGUUUUUGGGGUUACCAGAGCCGAGGUUCGAACGCUUGGCAUCCUCGAGGUAGUCCAGGAAGAUAGGAGGAGCUGGUUAGAAGAGAAACUCCGAGGGCCAGGUCCUGACUCGGCCGAAAAGGCGAGAGUUGCUGCAAACCUAUCACUCACGAAUGGCACGGUCAAGAAGUCGCUUGUUGGUUCCAGAGGUGGUAUAACCGCACAGCUACUCAGCAAAGCUCCUGCGCGGGAAAAGACCCAACGCAGAGCUCAAACGGACGAUGGCUCGGGUGGCUACUAUAAGCCAAGGAGGCCUAAGAACCAUCCCGCCACCAGAUCUCGAGGUGUUCUUCUAUGUGGAGAUGUGGUUCCCAUCCGGAAGAGAAAUGGAUCUACCGGAUCGGCAAGCUUCUGGGUGAUGGAAAAGCGCGGAGGCCUGAUCUGGGUGCUGGAAGAAAUCAUUGAAAAUGUUGCCGUCCUUAAGCUCGAUGAAGAAGGCUUCGUUUCCGAAGCCAGAGGCGACGUGGAGCCAAUAUGGGGGCAUGAAAGGAUCAAGAAAGGCACUUCUAUUUUAUCGUUGUUUGGGCACCUGCCGAGUGACUGUACUGGAGGCAAAAAGGGUGACCUAAUUUCAACCAUAUCGAAUCUUCGCCAUCUAACCGCCCGCACAAGCCACGGUAUCAAUGUUCCAACCACGAAUAGCGCAAUGUCUGGUCUUGGAGACAUUCGUGUCUCAAGCUUCCCACAUAUUGCUGGCGUCAUGGUCCUCUCGCCCUCGUCGCUGAGAAUCACUAGCUCCAACGCCGUUUUCGCGGCGGCUCUGUUCGGUCAGGAGCAUCCUGAGGGAUCAUUGAUCAUGGAACUCAUACCCGGUUUUGAUGAUCUACUACGCUUCUUGACAGAGGAGGACAAAGUGGAUCUUGUUGAUGGCAUAGUCGUACCGGAGCAUAGUUUCCGCCGAGCCAGGGCCCUGAUGUUAUUGCGAGAAGGUAAAGCUAAUGCUGCGAGCAUCUUUCUCCGACCAUCAGGGCUUACAGCUAGACACCGGGAUGGCGCCGAGCUGAUGGUAGACGUACAAAUGCGUGUGGUGAGGAGUGAAUCUGUCUUUCCUGUUGGCACCCAAAAGACGAUCGAGGAGACGGAGGAAGGCACUGAUGAUGAGAAAAUGGCUGUGACGGAAGUUGUCUAUGCUUUAUGGAUCACAUACUCGAGGCAGCUUCACUCAGCUGGCCUGGGUACUACGGGAACGGAGGGGUCUCGCGUUUCACGACCGAUAACCCCUCCAAGCCAGCCGUCGCCCGGACAGACUAUCGCCUCGGCCUCGCCUGACCCUUCGUUCUCGGUCCAUUCGUCUAAGUCGGCAGAUAGCUCUCAGCUUUCUCUGACAACGCAGCAGCUGCAGGAAUCGAUUUCCACGACGAUCUCAGAUGAGCCAUUGGAGCAUCCCGGUCCCAACGUCGUCAAUCCUUCUACAGAGCCCUACAAGAAAAAGACGAUCAGUGACUUUGUCAUCCUAGAAGAGAUGGGUUCCGGAGCGUACGGUCAAGUCAAGUUGGGUCGGUACAAGAAAAACAAUUCACGCAAGAUGGUCUUGAAGUAUGUUACCAAAAGGAGAAUCUUGGUUGACACCUGGACUCGUGAUCGGCGGCUGGGCACGGUCCCGUUGGAGAUACAUGUGAUGGACUACUUGCGGAGGGACGGUUUGAAGCACCCAAACAUAGUUGAAAUGGUUGAUUUCUUUGAAGAUGACAUCAACUACUACAUCGAGAUGCGGCCUCAUGGAAUCCCAGGGAUGGACUUAUUUGACUAUAUCGAGCUACGCACUAAUAUGGAGGAAGGGGAAUGCCGAAGCAUCUUCAAGCAGGUUGUUGACGCCAUCCAUCACCUGCAUACCACAGCUCUGGUUGUUCACCGGGAUAUCAAAGACGAAAACGUCGUACUUGAUGGCGAGGGGAGGAUCAAGUUGAUCGAUUUUGGAAGUGCUGCCUAUAUCAAGAACGGACCCUUCGAUGUCUUUGUCGGCACAAUUGAUUAUGCCGCACCCGAAGUCCUUCAAGGCAAAGCAUACCGAGGCAAAGAGCAAGAUGUAUGGGCCCUGGGAAUCCUUCUUUACACAAUCGUCUACAAGGAAAAUCCCUUUUACAACAUUGAGGAAAUCCUCGACCAUCCUCUUCGAGUACCUUUCAUACCCUUUUCCGAAGCCUGCAUUGACCUGAUCCGAAGAAUGUUAGACCGAGACGUUGACGAGAGAAUCACGAUUACAGAAGUGAUGGAACACGCCUGGAUAGUUGGGGAGUAA